GUCAUGUCGUAAAUAUGGACGACGUGUAACUUCUAAGAAUCGUUCAGUUUACAAUUGUUAGUGUAUUAUUACCGUAAAAAAUGGGUGACGGUGUUAAUAUUAAGCCGAAUUCCGCUCAAAAUGAACCUGCCAUGAAGGGAUGGCUGUUCAAAUGGACUAAUUAUUUGAAAGGUUAUCAGAGGAGGUGGUUUGUGCUGCAAAAUGGGCAUCUGUCUUAUUACAGGGCCGAAAAUAAUGGCGCCGUUCCCACAUUGACAAUGAGAAGACGUAGAAGAUUCCGACAGGGAAAUCAAGCUGAAAUGGCUCAUACUUGUCGGGGUAGUAUUUCAUUACAUGGUGCCUUGAUAUACACGGUGGACGCGUGUACAUUCGUCAUUUCGAACGGUGGAACUCAAACGUUUCAUAUAAAAGCCGCCUCGGAAGUGGAAAGGCAGCAAUGGGUAACUGCUUUGGAAUUGGCGAAAGCGAAAGCCAUUCGAAACAUGGAAUCGGAGGAAGACGAAGAAAUCGACGAUUCCGGUGAUCUAGAAGACUGGUCGGGCGUAGUUAGGAAAAUCGAAUCGCAGCUAAACGAUUUGCAAACGUGCGCUGACGUACUAGCGAAGCAUUGGAAAAACUUGGCGAAGAGUCUAGGCGAAAUAGAAACCAAUCCGGAUCCGGAGUUGCUGCAAGGGAAGAACAAAGAGGUCUGCGAACGGGCCACGUUAUUUAGGAUCGCUUCGAACGCUAUGGUGAAUUCAUGCGGAGAUUACUUGAAAUCGGCUCACAAUCACGGUCACAAGUUGAUCAAAGCCCUGCAACACGAAAAAGAACAAAGAGCCAGGUUACAAGAGAUGGUGGAGACUCUGGCCCAGCAGCAUUCGAAGUUAGAACGAGCUGCUAACGCUCACACUCAAUUCCCAGCUGUUAGCGCGGACAAUAACGAAGAAGAAGACGAUAACGAAUUCUACGAUGCGUUGCCCGAAGGAGGAAGCACGCCCGUACAAAACCAAGAUGACCAAAUUACGGUGAACAUUCGAACUGAGCUCAGGCGCUCGAGUUCGGGAAGUUCAACUGAACUUGAAGACGAACAAUCAACCACCAAAAAAGUAGUCGUUGUCACUAGUAAAUCGAAUCGAAGUGAUAGCAAAUCAUCCAAAACCAACGUUUUACCGUUCGGCGUCAAAACCAUCGCGUCCAACGACAGCACGGCUGUGAAAAACAAUUCGGACAGCAACCUGCUCGCACAAGCGAGCCAAUCUCGUCAAAGACGUACCAGAAUCCCGGACAAGCCUCACUAUCCCCUCAACCUGUGGAGCAUCAUGAAGAACUGCAUCGGCAAAGACCUGUCGAAGAUUCCGAUGCCGGUGAAUUUCAACGAGCCGCUGUCGAUGCUGCAGCGCCUCACCGAGGACUUCGAAUACGCCGAGCUGUUGGACAGCGCGGCGAAUUGCACCGAUCCCUGCGAACAAUUGGCCUACGUGGCGGCGUUCACGAUAUCCUCCUAUUCGACGACGAGCGUGCGAACGGGCAAGCCGUUCAAUCCGCUCCUCGGGGAGACGUACGAGUGCGAUCGCACCGACGACUUGGGCUGGCGCAUCAUCAACGAACAGGUGUCCCAUCAUCCGCCGAUGGUGGCGCAGUAUUGCGAGGGAAAGAACUGGGUGUGCUGGCAGGAGUUUACCAUGACUUCGAAGUUUAGGGGGAAAUAUUUGCAGGUUAUCCCGUUAGGUAAUGCCCAGGUAGAAUUUAACGAUGGUAAUAAGUACUCUUGGAGGAAAGUUACAACUACUGUACAUAAUAUUAUCGUAGGAAAAUUGUGGGUCGAUCAACAUGGUGAUAUGGAAAUUACAGGAAAUGGAAACGCGGCUGGAAUAAAAUGUAUUUUAAAAUAUAUUCCAUAUUCUUAUUUUAGUAAAGAUUCUCAGAGGCGCGUAAAGGGUGUCGUCAUCGACACCGAUGGCAACGUUAAAUGGGUUGUGAACGGUACAUGGGAUAAUCAAGUAGAUAUAGCUCCUGUGAUCGGCGCGUCCGAUAGUAACGAUUCCAUUUACGAAACUGAUCAGCCGAUAGUAGCUUGGAAGCGACGUUACCCGCCACCAGACGCCGAAAAGUUUUACAAUUUCACCAUAUUAGCUGCUCAAUUGAACGAGCCGGAACCGGGCGUGGCUCCGACGGAUUCUCGCAUGAGACCGGAUCAACGGCUAAUGGAGGAGGGCAAUUGGGACGAGUCUAAUAAAGAAAAAGUGAGAUUAGAAGAAAAGCAACGCUCUGCUAGAAGGCAGAGACAAAGCGAGGCCGAGCUGGCAACAGAAAACGGUGAAUCGUAUCCGCCUUAUACCCCUGCAUGGUUCCAACAGGUUAAGGACGAAGACGUAGACGGCGUGGGACAUUACACCUACAACGGAAACUAUUGGCAAUGUAAAGAAGCACAAGACUGGUCUCGAUGUCCUGACAUAUUUUAGUUGAAAUUUAAUUUAUUUUAAUGCUCCAAGAAGUUUGUCUCCAGUUCCAUAUCGAUUUUUAAUUUUUAUUUAUUUUGUAAUAACUAAGAUAAUGUACAGGUAAUGGAUAUAAUCAAAUAUUAUAAGUGGUUUGUUGAAAACGGUGUACUAAUAUAUUUACUUGUUUUUGUAAAUACUGGAAAAAAUUUAAAACAGUCAAUAAGAAAUUUACAGCUUUUCUUAAUAUGUGAUAAUGUAAAUAUAUGCUUAUACAGUUA